AUGCUGUCAGACUUGCCUUCAGAGAUCAUUGUGCAUAUCGCCAUAUAUCUGCCAACCAUCAGUGACAUCGUCAACCUCGCAAAAACAUGUCAACGAUUUUAUAAAAUCAUUACCGCAGAAGAAUCAUCCAUUUUUCGAACUUUUAUUCAAACUCGUUUCCCACACAUACAAACUCCACCUUUUUGGAAAGGUGCGGCUCGUGCCCUCGCAUCGCGAUCACGGGCACUGGACAGACUGGGGAUUAUUGGCCGUUUCGUCAUCCCGCCAGAUACAGCGACCAGAAUUGGGUUUCAGGAGCACACGCGUCGCGAUAAUCCCACGCUUGGAUACCGGCCUGCCAUAGACUCGUACGAAGUCUGGAAUGGCGAAUGUUGGGCUGAUCGAAGGGAGGUUCUUGCGUGGGGCGCGGGCCAUCAGAUAUUUUUGCGAUCCAAACAAACUGGCACCCGCUCAAAGGAGCAAUGGGUAUCGUUUAACGAUGUUGAAGAGCCUACUAGUUAUGAUGAUAUCUGUGGAUUGCAUCUUCUCAAGCCCGAGGAGUCGAAACAGGAUCCAGGUGUUGAGAAUCUGAUUUUUGCUCGCAUGAGAGGUGAUCUCGUUCAUCUUUCUCUUUCCCUUGAUGCGGCGACUCAUGAAAUCAAGAGAAAAUUUACCACCAAUGGAUUGUUAUUGGAAAAGACAGAUCUGAUUAGUGAUACAUUGGCUGCUCAUUUCGAUAAUGGGUCGAUUGGCCUGUACUCACUUGACAACGAUUCUCAAGAGGUCGAGCCAUUUGCCUGGGUCGGUGAUGGAUUAGACCAUACAAGACGAAGCCGAUACUCAAAACUUCUAUCCCCUUCGCGCCUUGCGCUGGCUACUGGCCAAGUUAAAAACUCUCUCUCAAUCAACACGCUCUCGCCUGACGGUGUAUGUGUUGAUCGAGAAAUUGGUGUGGAAUCCCUCGAUCUCGAAGAUCAAGUAGGCAGAACAGUUCAUGCAGCUGUCACUGCCAUCGCACCUCUCAACUCUCACUCAUACGCAGGAUCACCUGGUGAUGUCUUUCUAGCCACAUGGGGAGACCGAACAAUAAGAUUACACGAUCUUCGUUCGCCACAUGCCUACGAAUCAACGUAUAGAGAUACAACCGACAUAAAUCUAAUUUACAGCGUACAUCCAUUUGGUCACGACCGUUUCCUCGCUGGAGCGGGUGGCAACGCCGUACUAAAAAUCUUCGAUUUACGCAUGAGCAACACAUACAACUACUUGGGCGCACAAGUGCCACUCACAAAAACCCAAUCUCAACCUAGCACCAAACUACCGACAAGUACCAUACCAAGUUAUCCCCGAAAGGAUUUCUCAAUCUUCCUCUCAACACAACUUCCAUCGAUAAUACCACGGAAUCGUCGCGCUCGCAACAGACGUGGUCCAUAUCGCGGCCCAAUUUACACGAUGUCCUCGCCAUCUUCAUCGUCACCAACAGUGUACACCGGUAUUGUGGACGGUGUGGUUCGGUUGGACUUUGCGUCAACAGAUGAUCUGACAGGACCAGCGAGCGAGUGGUACGAUUUCAAUCUUGGAUUAGAAGUCGAGAAGGGUAGUCCAUCUGUUCCUGUUGAUGCAGAGAACGUGAUUAGGAUAGCGGGUUAUGAGCGACCGGAUCCGGAUGAUUUUACUACUACUUCUAAGCUGAGAAAUCAGCAUGGGUUUUGGUAUCCUGAGCCUAGGUAUGUAAAUACUGGGGCGGGACCUGGAUGGGAUAGGCGAUGGGAACCGCUUGCGCAGGCUGGUGCUUGGAGAAGAAAGGGAGGAUCGAGUUAA